UUAGCAGACAAACACGGCACUUUAUUUGCAUCAUGGCUUCAGGGACAGAACAGAAUAGCAUCUUUCUGUCUUGAUUUAAAACAAUUACAGGAUUACAUACAGACCAUUACAUUGUGAUUUAUUCUGUAGAGUAAAUAAGUAACGGGAAAAGGUAAAAUGAGAAUUAAUGGGAGUCAUCUGAACAGUACAUCAUCGAUCCCACAGGAGCUCACUUUGGAUCGAGCUCCCUGGGUAGCCACAACAUUGGGCAGCUUUUUGAUCUUUACAAUUGUGGUAGAUAUUCUGGGCAAUCUUUUGGUCAUUUUUUCAGUUUACAAGAACAAGAAAUUAAGGAAUGCAGGAAACCUAUUUGUUGUUAGUCUGGCUGUAGCAGACCUUGUGGUGGCAAUCUAUCCUUAUCCUUUAGUGCUUACGUCAAUUUUUCACAAUAGCUGGAAUCUCGGAUAUAUGCACUGCCAAAUCAGUGGAUUUCUAAUGGGACUCAGCGUGAUUGGAUCUAUCUUUAACAUAACAGGUAUUGCAAUAAACCGCUACUGCUACAUCUGUCACAGUCUAAAGUAUGAUAAGCUAUAUAGUGACAAAAACUCACUCUGCUAUGUUAUUCUGAUUUGGGUUCUGACAGUCAUUGCCAUUGUGCCCAACUUAUUUGUGGGAUCGCUGCAGUAUGACCCCAGAGUGUACUCUUGCACAUUUGUGCAGUCAGUCAACUCAGCCUAUACUAUUGCUGUGGUUUUCUUUCACUUCUUACUCCCCAUAAUGAUUGUCACCUACUGCUAUCUGAGAAUAUGGAUUUUGGUUAUCCAAGUGAGAAGACGGGUGAAGCCUGACACCAGACCCAAGCUGACUCCCCAUGACGUUAGGAAUUUUGUCACCAUGUUUGUGGUGUUUGUCCUUUUUGCAGUUUGCUGGGCACCGCUAAAUUUCAUAGGCCUUGCAGUUGCAGUAAAUCCAGAGACUGUGAUACCCAGAAUUCCAGAGUGGCUUUUCGUUGCCAGUUAUUUCAUGGCCUAUUUCAACAGCUGCCUUAAUGCUAUUGUCUAUGGACUGUUGAACCAGAAUUUCAGAAGAGAGUACAAAAGAAUAAUUGUCUCUGUUUGCACGGCAAGGAUUUUCUUUCCUGAUAGCUCCAAUGAUGCAGCUGAAAGAAUCAAAAGUAAGCCAUCUCCUUUAAUGACCAACAACAAUCAAGUGAAGGUGGAUUCAGUCUGAACAAUAGCGAAAGGGAUCAUUGUGAAGAAAAUGCCAAAAGUCCAUAAAAGCUUUCAGUACAAAAAACGUCUAUCAACUAUUUUAAAUAACGUUUUUCCAUCUGCAAAGUUGAAAAGACCGAGUUUGCUUUUCUACAUUAGCGUUAUUAUGCAAGUACAGUACAUUAUCAUGAUGAUGUUUGUCAUGAUUUUUGCAGUGAUAUCCUUAUUUGACCUUUGUAAAGUAUGUAUGAAACACAGAGUUACAUUUUUUUGUAAUACAAAACUUUCAGACCUAAACCAUUGUAUCCUGUUUUAAUCGAGUGUUCAUGGUCUGAAUACAUGAAUGUUAUGUCACAGCUGUACCCUUUUUGGGGUCAAUUGUAGAGAGAUAAACCCCUUAAGGCCAAAUCUGAAAAUCCAGUACUAUCUGUUGUAUGAUAGUAAAUGCCCCAACUGAGAUACAAUAGAAAUGAUGACAACCACCAUCAUGGACCAGAGUUUUCCACGUUUAAUUUUUGUCAACAAUAAUAAUAAUAAUUCAAAAUAAACAAAAAUAAACAAUGCAGGACUAUGGGGAAUACUUAGGAAUGCUAACUUUAUGAAUAUUUGAUUCCAUGAAAUUGUUGACAACCUCUGGUUAUGCUUAUAUAUCCACACUUGCUGAUUGUAUAUUAACUUUGCAUACCUGUAUUAUUUUGAAUAGGAGAGCAGACAUAAAGCAUUCUAUUUUAGGUAUCCGCAUACAUCAUAUCAUAUUAUUUCAUAAUACUAUAUCUCUCACUUAUUAAAUAUACUAGGUGUUAAAUAUUCACAACUAUACCAGUGAUUGUGUUAACUUUUUAUUAUUUUUAAAAGACCCAAAAAUUUAAGUGCAAUAACUGUGCUAUAUUUAAACUACCCAAUUUCCUAAAAUGAGACCCACCAAACAUGAUGUCUCAGGGAUGCUAAAUUGUGUCCACAUCAGCAUAUAUCAACACACAUACCUGACCCAUGCAUUGUUUUAUCAUGUGGAAUAUGGUUGAUUAAAUAUAAUUCUUUAAUUUAUUGUAAAACUAUAAUUUACGGUAGACGUUCUAAAACAUAUUGUAUUCUUUAUGUUUUAAGAAAGCAAAUGUGUACAUGCUUUGUUGUUAUGGAAUGUUAGCAUUAUUAUUAUUAUUAUUAUUAUUAUUAUUAUUAUUAUUAUUAUUAUUAUUAUUAUUAUUAUUAUUAUUAUUAUUUAUUUCUUAGCAGACACCCUUAUCCAGGGUGACUUACAAUUGUUACAAGAUAUCACAUUAUUUUUUACAUACAAUUACAUUAUUUUUUUUACAUACAAUUACCCAUUUAUACAGUUGGGUUUUUACUGGAGCAAUCUAGGUAAAGUACCUUGCUCUAGGGUACAGCAGCAGUGUCCCCCACCUGGGAUUGAACCCAUGUUAAAGGUAUGCAUAUAUUUCACUACAAAAGCUCUCUAUUACACGUUGCAGGUUACCACAAAAAUAAUACCAAAAACUGCAUAAUAAUAUGAGGGUGACUUUCUUGAAUACAUUUUUUUAUUAUUAUUUUAUAUAUUUCAACGAUAAAUAAAUAUAACAGUGAAAUACAAGAACAACAACGAACAAAGGAGGACAAACAGUAUUUCUCAAACUAAGGAUACUUUAUGUUUUUUUUUUUUUAAAUCUAAAAUUAAACAUUUUUAAGCCUAUAAGGGAGGGAAAAGGGAGAACAUUAAUAAUAAUAAUAAUAAUAAUAAUAAUAAUAAUAAUAAUAAUAAUAAUAAUAAUAAUAAUAAUAAAAUAUGCUACCCAACAAACAAACUGUUGUAACAGAAGUUAUAUGCGGAAAAAGAAACAGCAACGGAUUGACUGGUUUAAUAAAGAUUUGGGUAGGUAAACGCAUUAGAGACCCUGAAUCCAACCUAAUGUGUAUUAAAUUAUACCAACAGUAGCGCAUCCUUAUACUACAGUAAGUGAAUGAAUCAGCCUUGUUACAAACACGAGGGCAUCCCUUUUCAGUAUACUGCUGUAAUAUGAUUAUUUUCUCUUUUCUCGUUUGAAUUUGUGAAAAAAAAAAAGAUAAAUGUAUUAGCAUGCACAGUUUAAAGCUAAGAUCAGAACAAGAAAGGAGAGGUGCAGCUAUGGCCAAAAGUUUUGCAUCAACUAGAAUUUUAGGAUUGAGACAUCAUUUAAAAAAAAAACAACAACUAGGUGUGAGAUAGCGGGUUGUGUGAGACAGCAGGGAGGGGGUUAAAACCUCCCUGCGAGAGAAACAUGUGUGGAAUGCACCUUUUUGUUUGAUUGUAUUGCUUUAUUGUUUCAUUUAAUUUGCUAAUUGAUUUGUUUAAUUGUUUAGUUUAAUUGUUUUAUUGCUUAAUUAUUCCCUGCACCUGGAGAUCAUUAUUAAAGUAGAACCAGGUGCAGGGUAUAAAAGAGGAGCAGUCAGAAUGCUCAGGGCUGCUGAGUAGAAGGAGGCAGAAGAGGUGCUCUGUCUCCGAGUAGCCAGGAAAAAAUAAAUAAAUAAAAAAAAAUAAAAAAAAUAAAAAAUAAAAAAAUAAAAGGAAGUAGUAAGUGCGGUGUCAGACCUGUGUUUUUGUAAGGACGGGAAAACAGCUCAGCUGUCCCGUGUUAAACAGUGUGUUCCUGAAAGUUGAGUUAGUGCUCCAAGAGGAGUUAGGUGUUUAUUUUGUAUUUGUUUGAUUUUGUGUUUAUUAAAAAAUUAGCGCAAACGCGCUUUAAAAAUCCACUUCUGUUGUGCCGGGUCGUAUUUUAAAGGGGCACGAACCUGUGAGUGCUACAGAUCUUUUACAUAGGCUAUGUUAUAAUUAAAAACACAUAAGCAGUCUGGGAAGAUUUCUUCCAUCACAUGUUUUCUUUUUAUACUCGUUUCCUUUGAAUUAAUGCAUCUUAAUUCGCAUGAACUAACAGAUCAAAUUUCCUAAAUAAGAGUCCACAGUAUUUUUUAAAUCUAAAGCCAGCUCUAGGGGGCACUUCUAAAAUCUAAAAAUACCAUCUUUCACUGAACGCUGUAAAUUGUGUGGGAACAGGAUAUGUGAUAUGGGAAUCCAUUCUUUCUCAAACUCACUAUACCCGUGCUUGUGUGUGGCAUAGGCUAACUCAAUAAAAAGUUUGGCACUGCACCCACUUAUCAGUCAGAAUGACCAAUAUUUACCUAACCUUAAUCACACUUUGAUGCAACAGGCCCUCUACCCCACAUUCAUGUAUCUUAUCCCAGUUUUGGGGGGGAUUUCUCUAUUUUGCUCUUUCAGUGUGAUAUUAAAGAAAUCAAAACACACCUAUUUAUUAAUGUGUUUAUUUCACAGUAAGAAAAGCGGCCUGCCUUGUUCCAUGUCUCACUUAACAAUUUUGAUUCUGUGUUCUUAAUCUGUUCUGAUUUGCAUUGUGUUCGUAUAUAUUGAUUAAUACAUUUGUAUUUCAGUAAUUGUUUUAUUAUUAUUUGCUACAGUACUUAUUUUGUUAUAUUUUCUGAUUGUAUUUAUAACUGGAAACUAUAA